UCCAAACUGCUUGAGAAAUUUGCCCAUUUUUGGAAAACAAAUUCGAGCACUGUUUUCGACUGGGCUCAACCCAGACGGGUUAAGCCCAAACCAGUACCGUAAAAAACCCAUUUUCCAGUGAAAAAAUGUCACAAUCGUGCCAUAUGACGGCUAUGGUGGUUUGUAAGCCGGCAUUUGGGAUUGUUUCCAAAGUAGCGUUUCAAUUCUUUAGCAGUGCAGUGUUUCCAAGGAAGAUAGACAAAAUGGUUAAGGAUAGCAACGGUUGCAUCACUCGUCUUCUCUUUUGUGGGCCAAAUUUUCCUGCUUCAAAUAAAUACACUAGAGAAUAUUUACAAAACUACCCAUUUAUCCAGGUGGAUGAUUCUUCCUUUGAAGAGGUGCCUGAUGUUAUUGCUGACUAUGAUAUGUGUAUAGUAAAAAGCAUGCGGCUAGAUUCAAAUAUUAUUUCUCGUGCAAAUAAGAUGAAGCUUAUAAUGCAGUUUGGUGUUGGGCUAGAAGGUGUUGACAUCAAUGCUGCUACAAAAUGUGGAAUUAAAGUCGCUAGAAUCGCGAGUGGUGAAACUGGUAAUGCUGCCUCAUGUGCAGAAAUGGCCAUAUAUCUGAUGCUGGGACUUCUCCGGAAGCAAAAAGAGAUGCAGAUUUCUUUAAAACAGAAAAUAGUUGGAGAGCCUAUUGGUGAUACACUAUUUGGAAAAACUGUAUUCAUUAUGGGGUUUGGAAAUAUUGGGAUUGAUUUGGCAAAGCGCUUGCGACCAUUCGGUGUAAGAAUUCUUGCUACAAAACGGAGUUGGGCCUCUCAGUCUCUAAAUUCUAGCCAAUCAAAUGGGUUUCCCACUCCAAAUGAUAAUGCUGAUGAAUUGGUUGAUGAGAAGGGUGGUCAUGAAGCUAUCUAUGACUUUGCAAGCAGUGCUGACAUAGUUGUUUGCUGCUUGAGAUUGAAUAGUGAAACAGCUGCCAUAAUAGACAAGAAAUUCAUAUCUUCAAUGAGGAAGGGUGGCCUUUUGAUAAAUAUUGCCCGAGGGGGUCUCAUGGACUAUGAGGCUGUUGCUUAUCACCUUGAAUCUGGCCACUUGGGAGGCCUGGGGACUGAUGUUACUUGGACUGAGCCAUUUAAUCCUGAUGACCAAAUUUUGAAGUUCCAGAAUGUCAUAGUCACACCACAUGUUGCAGGGGUUACAGAACAUUCUUAUAGAUCCAUGGCUAAGGUUGUAGGUGAUAUUGCCCUCCAACUUCAUGCUGGGGCUCCUCUGACAGGAUUAGAGUUCGUCAACUGAACCGGUUUAGAAAAUUGGUCAAUUCACUGAAAUUAUUUGAUUCAGAUGCCCAUUUCCUUAUUCAAAAAGUUGAGUAGAUCCUUGUGAUAUUAAAGACUUUAUGUUAGUUUAAAAUUAAUGGAUUUUCACAGGUGAGAAAGAAAUUGGUCACAGGCUGCUCCAUUGCUGUUGUGUUAUGUGCUGAAAUGCAAUUUGAUGGCAGGGAUUAAGCCAAAAACCAGGAAAAUUAAAAAAAGCCAAAAACCCAGACUGGUAAGCAGGGAUUAAGCUUAGAAUUAUUGUAAGAACUAUGUGCUGAAAUGCAAUUUGAUGGCUCAAUUUGAUCUGUUGAUAAUCGAUUUUAGAAUCCUGUAGGGUGCUCCUGCUGUUAAUUUGAAAUUUGAAUGACUACCCUAUUUACUUCGACCUUGGGAAACUAUUAGCUUAAAAGAAACUUCUGAUUAUUAGCUUAAAA